AUGGACUUUUGGGAGACUCAAGAAAUUUGGGAUCUCGCUCUUCGGGGAGUGAAGGUGGUUUUCUCGACAUACGCUGUUCUAGCUGACGCGAUGACUCACGGGUUCAUUCCGUUAGCCCGAUUGAACUUGAUUGUUUUUGACGAAGCACACUCUUGCAGGAAAGCGCACCCUGGGAGGCAACUCAUGCGGGGCUUCUAUCAGGAUGCAAAAUCGAAUGGCCAAAAAAUUCCAAAAAUACUUGGUUUGACUGCCUUUGUUGAUGCGAGGAAUGUCCAGGAACUCGAGAGAACUUUGGAUGCAAAUUGUCGGUCUCCAAUGACCAAUCACCAAGCGAUGAUAUGCAAGAAUUUUGAAAAACGCCCGACGAAAAUUUUCUAUCCUCAUAACGGCUACUCAAGGCCACCCAUCCCCCAUGACCUAGAUAUGAAAAAGGAUGCACCCAAUGAGUUGCGUAACCAAAGUACCACCCAAAGCAUAAAAGUCUUCGAAACCAUGAGAAGAUUUUUCAGACAAGCUGGUACCAUCUGGGAGACUUUAGGAGCAUGGGCUGUGCACCGCUUUCUCACGCAUAGGGCCCUUUGGCUCAACAGCGGAGCUGAUUACGGGCAAGAAAUACCAUGUCGUAAGCUCAUCGAAAAUUUAUUGAGUAGUACUGCCAUCCAACUUGAGCAACAAGGAAGUGUUUCUGAGAAGGUUCAGACAUUGAUCUCACUUCUUGCAGAGAAGAUUCAUCCCGAUUUCUCGGGAGUUAUCUUCGUGCGCGAAAAGAUAAGUGCUUUCAUCUUGACAGAAUUAAUCAAUACUCACCCAAAAACUCGAGGAAUAUUUUGGAGUGCCGCUUGCGUAGGCUCUAGUAAUCGAUCUGAACAUCGGUACAAUUCUGAUCUUGCCAAUGUUCAAAAAGGCGAGGAUGUGGUCCGUCGGCUGCGCGAUGGCCGUAUAAAUCUUAUUGUGGCUACUAGCGUAUUGGAAGAGGGUAUUGACAUUCCAGCAUGUCAUCUGAUCAUUUCUUUUGACUUGCCUGAUAAUAUUGAAUCUUUUAUUCAACGCCGCGGCCGAGCACGUCACCAUAUCCCUGAACACAUAAUCAUGAUCCCAAGCAACGACGAAUCAUUCUCUUGCACUCUAGAACGAUGGAAUGAGCUCGAAAAAGAGAUGCAAAACGCACGCAUGGAUCAUCUUCGCACCCAAAAGACGACUGGAAAUGGAAACAGGAUGAACAAGUUGACGUUAGAGCAUCGCUUGGCAACGGGGGCUCUGCUGACCAACGAGAAUGCCAUUGCACAUUUAUAUCACUUCUGUGCAGUUGCAAAUAACGCAAGUUACGUGCAUACUUACCCUCAAUUCUCUUUUGAGUCCAAUCAUAUGGAAAAAGCCCAGUCAACUGUACUUUUGCCAAGUUGUAUACAUCCCACACUUCGAAUCGUCAAAGGUCUUCAUUGGUGGAAGACAAAGCAACAAGCUCAGCAAGAUACAGCUUUCCAAGCAAUUCGUCUCUUACACAUGAAUAAGCUCGUCGAUGACCAUUUCUUGCCUUUGUUCUCAAAGGGACCGUCCUUUGAGAAAAUGGAAAUUAAAAGUCCGUCUCAUGAAAUACCCCGUGUGGAUGAAUAUGAGGCCAUGUGGGCACGGCUACCAGGUAAUUGGCUAGAGAGAAAACUCUACAGAUGUCGUGUAACUUUCACGGAGGAUGCAGUACAGGACCCCGAUGUUAAUAUGGCUGUGUACCUUCCUUUUCAGAUAGAAGAUUUCCUGCAACUGCAUUUCAGCCGGGGUAAUCAUUCACAUAUUUCGGCCACAAUGCAUCCACCGGGUACCGAGACUAUGGCCACACCGGAGUUGAGACAGAUGCUACUGAAAACUUCCGCGAUUCUAUUGUUUUCGACGCAGGCAAAACCUGGAUGGCUGCAGUAUCCAGAAUUGUUGCCCUUUUUUACUCCUGACAUUCCCUUAGAUGAACUGGAAGAAUGGCUCACAAUACAUGAAGGGUCGACAAAUAUGCAAGGCGUGCGGGCCAGAGUUCCCAUUCUGUCUCCCCAGGGCCUGAUUCGUAGCCGUGAUGCUCGUUGCCGACCACAGAUCUUUUUAAGAUGGGCGCAAGAAAUCAGAUCAGGGGCAUUGCUGAUUGAAUGCAGGGCACUUCCAAAAAUGAGAAGACUUUUCUCUGUGCCCUUGGUUCAGGAAAACGCUUUAUCUAAAUCCACUAAGCACAACUUAUUAAUGGCAACUCGAUGCUCUAUUGAUUUUCUGCCUUGGAAAACGAGCCAAGCCAGUCUUACGAUUCCGACAAUCAUCCAAUGGCUACAACUUCAGUUGAAUACGCAGGCUCUUCGCCGCCAGGUCUUACAAGACUUCCCUCAAAUGGAUUCUCAAUUAAUAUCUGAGGCACUCGCAGCGCCGUCUUUUCAAUUGACUGUCAAUUACCAAAGGCUGGAGUUUUUUGGCGACUCCAUUCUGAAAUUUCAUGUGACUGCUCACGUUUUUGAUAAAUAUCCUCUAUGGCCUGAGGGGUACCUAUCCAAGUUCAGAGAGCAUGCGGUAUCAAACGCUACGUUGAUACACGCGGCCGUGAAUGCUAGCUUGCAAGAGUUCAUAUGUGCCGAAAUCAUUACCGUGAAACGGAUCAUGUCAUUUUGCACUCAGGACAAAUUCCCAAGCCGUUGUACUCCUGGUAAAAUGUACGCAGAUGUUGUGGAGGCUCUUAUUGCGGCAGCGUACAAGUCUGCUGGCCUGCCUUUGUCUCGCAAGUUGCUUGAGAAGUUCUUGCCAGAUAUUUCUAGCGUAAUGCCGAACUUCGUAUCACCAGAUGAGCCCGCGAGCUUGCCUCCCUUGCAUCUAGAGCAAAAGCUUGACAGAAUUCUUGGGUACUGCUUCCAAAAACGCUCCCUCAUCUGGCAGGCACUUACUCACCCAUCACAGCGAGACUGCUCUACAGCUUCGUAUCAGCGUCUUGAGUUCCUUGGAGAUGCAGUCUUGGAGCUUUUGGUAUCAAAAGCACUUUACGAUCAUUAUCCUGGACUUUCUGAAGGUCGAAUGACCGAAGCUAGAGCAGCUAUUGUCAAUGGUGACUUUCUAGCCUUUCUCUGUAUGGAAUUCUCUAUUAAAGAACCAUAUGAACAUCUGCAGCAUAUCAGUCGAAGUGGUAUGACAGCUGAGAAAGGAAAUUUGGAAAGUGCUCUCUGGAAUUUCAUGCGCCAUGACUCACCAGAAAUCACGAAAUAUCAACAUUUAUGCAAUCGGCGUUAUCGUGAAGGAUAUUCAGCUAUCAAAGAUUGUCUGGACAAUGGUCAAGGCUAUCCGUGGGCAGCGCUUGCACGUCUAGAGCUGUCCAAAUUCUACUCAGACAUCAUUGAGAGCGUGAUUGGGGCAUUGUAUGUGGACAAUAAUCGCACUUUGGAUGCCUGUGAGCUUUUUUUGAAGCGUAUUGGUGUGACAAACUACCUGAUACGUUUUCUUGAGGAUGAUUUCCAGUUGGAGCAUCCCAAAAAUCUCUUGAUCCGCCUCACUCAUCCGAGAAAGCUUGAUUUUCGAUUUUCUCAAACCGCAUCUGGACUUCAUAACCUAUCUGUCUGUAUCGAUGAAGUAGAGGUCGCGUAUGUAGACAGCUGCUCGACAAAGAAGCACGCAGAGGCUCGAGGAGCUGAUGCGGCCCAUGCUGUUCUAUUACACACACACACACACACACACACACACAAUUCAUUACACCCGGAGGUAUCAAGCCUAGAGGGCACCUAUACGCUAUUUGAUCUUUCCAUUGCAUACAUUUUGUCAUAG